AUUUACUGUGGAGUGUUACCAUAACAAAAAUCAGGAUAUGUAAUAUUGUCCUGUGGCAUUUCCUGUAGAUUCUAAACUAAUUUUGAGCCUCUCUUAUUUGACAAACUUUUUCCUCUAUUUCAUGAUGUUUCCAUCACUGUUAGUUACAUUUAUUUAUAUGAUUAUUUCUGGCUGUUAGUUUACACUGCUGUAUAAUUUUUACAGCAGCACAAAUGCUUAGCUAAAUAUUUUAAUGUAGAUCUGAUACUCCUCUGGUUCAGUGUUGAUUCACCUUUUUUUUAAAUUUCUUAAACACUUUUUGAGUCUACUACAUUUUUUUGGUUAAUUAUUUAUUUAUUCAUUAUGUUUACACCAAAGAAAAAGGUGCCAGAAAAUUGUUUUCUUUGUGACCGUAAACGGUUUUAUAGUGUUGAUGGGAAAAAUUCCUUUGAUAUUUUAUCAAAAUUGUCAUUAAUUUGUAAAACAUCUGACAACUCAUUGGAAUCCGUUCUCCUUGACAGGGAUUAUGGAAUUUGCAGGUCCUGUUUUGAUAAUAUUGAUACAACAUUCACUUAUGUAAAAUCUUUAAAUAAAAAAAUUUCUGAAUUAACAAAAGAAGAACCGACAAGUCGUUUUAAACGUAUGUCAUCAAGCCCAUCAACACCUGAAUCUCAGAGUCAGACAACCAUUAGAAAUUAUUCUAAAAAUUUCAAAAAAACUAGAAGGACUUUAUUUAUAUCUAAUGUGUCAAAUAAACCAGCAGUAAAUGCAGAGUUUUCUCGCCUGCCAGUCCAAAGUUCCUUUUCUAUUACGUCCACUUCAACCGUUGACCAUGAAUACAGUUUGAAACCUGAAAAUGCACAUACUUCUAGUAAAUUUUCAGGGUUGGGUCAAUCUGGGUCAACCCUAGGAAUAUUGAAAACAUGUUUAAAAGGAGAGGCAUCAAACAGGCCCUCUAUUUCAGAAACUGUGAAGAAGAUAUUUUCUAAUCCAGUGUUAUUAAAAGCUGUAAAAUCUAAAUUAAUUGAUGAUAUUGAUAAAGAAUGUUCCAUUCUUGUUUCAAACAAUCCUGCAUUAUGUAGUGUAUUGUCACGAUACAGGAGUGUGAAGAGUUUAGUUGAUAAUGGAGAUAAUCUGAUAGAUGAAAUUAUAUUAGAAAUAUCCACAAGAAUUCCAUUUGUUUUGGACCUACUCACAGUGAUGACCACUGCAGGAAAAGAGCCAGCAGAGAGUAAGAUUGCACCUGUUGCUGCAGCGUACUCAAUUCUGAUGAAUUCGAGAAAUAACCAGCUUUCUGCUUGGCACAGGAUGACCACUUUUGUAGCAAUAAAAGGUCACUUGGAUGACUCAGCUUUAGUGCGAUUGAACCACUUAAGCCUCACUAUGUCUCCAUCAUCAAAACUUCGACUGCUUGAUGAAGCUGGCGAAUUAAUGAAUGCUGGUAUAGCUAGCAAGGUUAUCACCAACCCAUUGGUAAAGAUAACAGGGGAUAACCUUGACAUAUAUGUUCGCACUGGACACCAAUCAAUGGAUAGAUCAAACAAGGAUCUCCAUUUAUUUGUUUCAAACAUUAUAUUUAGCAGGAUUGCAAAACCCGGACAGUACAGCCUAGUUGCUGACCCAUAUCCGUUAUCAAGUUUACAGCCAGAAAUGUUUUUUCCAAGGGGCCAUUUUCAGCAGACUCUUAGGAAUACUUACUGCAUACUUCUGGGAAGGAUGUUAUCAGAGUUGAAAGCAUUCAGUUGGUUAAAACCUGUGCUUCCAGCUCACAUCUAUCACCCAUACCAUACACAAAUGAGUCAGAAAUCUCAUGUGUAUCAACUACCAAUAAUGCUGAAGAAUGAAGCCAAGCAUGAAGAAUGUGUAGACAUCAUGGAUGAAUAUGAAAGUACACUUGGUGAAAUUUUUACCAAAGCAUUCGUGCGUGUUAUUGUAGCAAUGAUGACAACUGUUAUACUGGUACUGGAUAUUUCAUGUCAAAUUGAAUAUCUAUGAGGAUCUGAAGAUCUCCUUCAGAAAUUUAAAGUUCCCGUUGGUGGAGAUCAAUUAACUAGAGUGCGCCUAGAGGAAGCAAAGAACUUGAGGUCUCUUGCAACAACCAGGAAAAAAAGAUUUGAAAAUUUAGACCCAAUAAUAAUUGAGUUCUGGCAUAUGAAACAAGAUUUCUUGGAGGUAUUUAAAGUCUGAACUAGAACAUUGUUGAAUUGAGGAAAUUUUAAAAUGCUAUAAAGAACUGUUUAAAACAUCAACUCUUCGCCAGCCAGGAACCCUUUACCACUACAAGGCUAAGCUUCAGCGUAGUGAUGUUAACGGAAAGGUAAAGGGUGCCUUUAAAUCACAUCAUGAUUUUUU